AUGUCACGCACGGUCUUUGUCACAGAUGCCAAUUUUACCGUUGCAGACGAUGUUAGCGCCUACCGGGUCAUCGAUUCAAUUGGUACAUUGCCCAUUUGGCGCUGGGAUCCGGAUAACCCGACCGACAGCUCAUCAAAGAAGAUUGUCGAGACCCGGUUUGGUCAUUUUGAUACAGACAUCGGUGACUUCGAUGUAUCUUAUUUCUGUAGCACACAAAAUGAGGCGCCUUUCAUCGACCCACAGCAUCGUGCUUUGUUACAGAUAUGUGAUCGUCCUUGUGUCGCAAGAGGUCGACAAUCGGCAAGGGAAGGAAUGCGAUUUGGUGUAUACGUGGCGAUAUCACAUAUGGAGUAUGCUGUAGAUUUGCGGUUUCAUGGACAUCACAUAGUGCACACUACAACUGGAAACGCGCAUUCUGUCGCAUGUGGUCGCCUGAGUUUUUUUUAUGGAUUGAAAGGGCCAUCUAUAGCAAUAGAUACCGCAUGUUCAUCAGCUCUUGUUGCCUUACACUUGAUACGUCAUGGUGUUGCAGGUUGCGAUUGCGAUCAAGGGAUAGCAGCGGCAGUAAAUCUAUGCCUAUCAAGAUACACGAACUUGAUAUUCACGCGAGCUGGGAUGUUGGCAAGAGAUGGACGAUGCAAGACUCUAGAUGCGACGGCAGAUGGGUAUUCUCGACAUGAAGGGAGCGGAGUAGUCGCAGCGACAAACAACACAGAUGCAAACACUAACUGUCUUUUACUCAUUUCUUCUAUGGUAAACCAAGAUGGAAGAUCCAGUUCGUUAACUGCUCCAAAUGGACCUUCACAAAAUUCAUUGAUUGGAAUGACACUUUCUUCCGGAAGGAUCGAUCCAGGGGAUGUCAACGUGUUACAAUUACAUGGCACGGGCACG